AUGAGGGCGCCGUGGAGGCCUCCGCUGGCGAGGGGCUGCAGCAGCUGCCGGUGGAAUUGUUGUCGGAGGUCUUCUCCCAUCUGGACACGGCGGAACAGACGCGUCUGCGCCCGGUGUGCGCCCUCUGGGACUCCGUCCUGCAGUCGGCCCCCCCUGGACUCCGACCUCGUCCUGAACGGACGCGCCGACGGCAUCCUCCUGGCCAGCCUCGUCCACGCUCUCCGCCCCUCCACCCGCCGCGUCAUCCUCCGCAACGCCAAUCUGGAGAGCCUGCACAAUCUGUCCAUAGUGGCCUCAUACUGCCGGGGGAUCCGUGCGUCCACCGUCUACGUCCACCGUCUGAAGUGCCGGCUCUGCGUCGACCCCUGUCCGCACCGGACGGAGCGUAACAGCGGUCGCACGGUGGGGGACUUUGCGGAGGCGCUUCGCCGACUGCCGUGCGGGGAAGUUUCGCUGCUGCAGUGUCGCGUCAACCUGCUGGACGUGGACGGUGACGAUGGCGACCCGGGCCCGUUGGAUUGCGAGAUGGACACCCGCAUUGACAUUCCCGUGGCGCAUCUGCAGCCUCCGAGCGCGGUGUCGUUGGGGCAGGUGUGGGAGCUUCUGCGGGCGCAUCUGGCGUGGACGCCCGCUGCGGAUGAUAAGCAGCGCGCCGCGGACUGGCUGGUGGAAUUGAGAGCCAACCAGGUGUCGCCGGGCCAAGAUGAGCUGCUGCUGGUGGUGUGCCAAACUGUGUGUGCGCUGCAGCAUGCGCUGCUCAGCGCCGGUCCCCCGACGGGUGCUGGCCCCGCGCAAUGCAGUCGGGCCCUGCUGGAUGCGGACGUGGAGCGGGCUGCGCCGCUGGUGCUGGCCUGCCUCGUGCAGGGCGCCGAGCAAUGGGAAAUGCGCCCAUGCGACUGGGAGGAGGACUGGGAGGAGGGGGCGGACUUGACCCUCCUGCAGACGCGCGUCUGUCGCUCCGGAACGGCUUAAUUUCUACCUGUUUCCCUGGUUUGCGCCGUGUCUGUGACGGUUUUUGGUUUUUUUUUCAGCCGGCGCUGGUCUGUAGCGGGUUUUCUGUGGUUUGGUUUACAGAGUUUUUUAUUGGCAUUUUUUUGCCAUGUUAUCACGCAUAUGCGUUUUCCUGCCGGUGUUGUGAUGAUCAGGUGAUGUGCAGACAAUUAGCGUCGGUUUACACACUACGGAGUUUAGAGAUGAACAAAGCAGAAAAGAUUAU